CGGCCGUUAUUUCCUCACUUGACUGGCCGUUGACCGCCAUCAGUACAUCAGUAAUUAGCCGGCCGAACGUAACCUUCAGGCAGUACGCCGUCUAUCGAGCCGGAAAGGCUGCAGUCCCGGUCUGACCAGACAGGCUGAGCACUCACACUACACGAGACAGUGCCUAGCGGUUCUGUGAUCGGCCUUGUUCCUGGCAGUGCUGCUGAACCUUGUCAUCAUACCACACCGGGGUGCCGUAGGUUGCGCAUGAUACGGUCUGUAAGCUGCAAAGUAUUGUAGCGAAUCAUCGGCUCGGUACAAGUGCACGAGCUGUACGGAAUGGCUGGCCGACACAUGUAUCGAGACAGGAUUCCGUUGGUAACUGACCUCAGGCUGAGCUGGUUCAGCCAUAAGUCGUGGCGCUGGCGCUGGCGCUGGCGCGACGCCUGGACGAAGCGAGAGGUGCCAACUAUCAGUGCUGCUGCUGCUGCUACUGCGAUAUGUGUAGUGCCAGGUAGUACGGACAAUCGGGACUGCUGGUUUUAAUCUUUGUGCCUGCGAGAAGUCGCACCACAUAUCGCUCAGAGCUCGUCCUUAUUCGCUCAGAGCUCGUCCUUAUUCGCGCAGAGCUCAUCCUUAUUCGCUCAGAGCUCGUCCCCCAGGUGACUUUUGAGUCGACUCAAAAGUCAGCACAGCUCUUCUAUUCAACACCCUUAGCUGAGUCCCCUGAGGACCCUAGGUUAAUUCCAGGCUGAUUUAAGUCUUAGACCGAGCCGGUUUUAUUGUCGAGCUGUCAGCCAUUCACUCGAAACUUUCGGUAACACCAGAUUCGCCUCGCCUAUAAAGCAUACCGUUGUACGCUGGAUAAGGGUCGGGCUUUAUAGCGAAACUCCAUGAGCACCCGCGAAUCACGCAGCGGCGCGCCCUGCGGGAUAGCGAAGGCUGCAGCGACGGAGUGCGGCUCGAGGGGAGCCAUUAACAAGAGUAGGAGCUUUCCGAAAAAGCGCGCGACUACAUGAAUAUUAUAACGGGUCUCGUCCACUGGGCUUCUGCCACGUGUCAUCAUCACAAAGGCUCCUCGUCGGGCUCAUCCUCCCAAUGGCGACCUUCCACGUGUCCAUGACUCUCUGUCUUGUCACCACCAGCACUACCAGCAUCACCAGCAGCAGCACCACCAGCAUCACCGGCAGCAGCAGGAGCAGCCCACCAGCAGCAUCCCAAGCAACAGCAGCAUCCCCUCCCCUGGAGUUCGCCUUUUGCGAACUAGCGCUCACCACGCGUGGCUUUGGCCCCGACGCCAUGCUCUCAAUGGACUGGGCGGGCGCCAUCUACCGCGGGUGCUGCCACGUGGGGAGGCAACCGGCCACCACCGGGCAUGCCGCCACGGCAACAGGGACUCCCACUGCCAAGCAGACCUCCGAAAUUUACGUCCUGUCGAAGGGGGAAUCGGGCACGCGGGAAUUGGGAAAGCAGGAGGAGGGGGGAGCGAGGGAGGAUUCAGCGGCGGCGUUGCGCUGCUGGCUGCAGCGCGUGUCGUGAGCUGACGUCAGCCGAGUGUGUGGCUCUCAGGGGCGGGUGCGUGAGGGUGAAGCGCUGGCGCUACCUGCCCCCCUCGACUCGCUCGUCUCGCUCGUCUCCCUCCUCGCCCUCUUCGCCCUCCUUGCCCCCGUCGCUCUCCUCUCCCUCGUCGCCAUCGUCGCCCGCUCUAACGUCCACGACAGCUGCUGACGUGGCAGGCACCAGGAGCGGAAGCAGAAGCGGCGGGCGAGUGGCAAGAGCGACGCAAGGCCGGAGGAAUGCCCCUGCCGUGCCCGCUGCCUCUGCAGCGGUACACCCAACUCUGCCCAUGCCGCACAGCAACAAGGCCCUGUGACUCAAGGGGGGGCUGUGACUCAAGGCGCUGUGACUCACAGGGGGGCUGUGACUCAAGGCGCUGUGCCCCAUGCGGGGGAGCGGGACCUGAUGGGCUCUCUGGCAGCGGCGGCAGCACACCCCAACCUGCUGCCAGUCCUUGGCUUCAGCUGCGUCGAGGAGCUCCUGCUCGUGUUCCGCGCCAAUCCCUCCGCGCACUCCCUGGAAUCGGCAGUGGCAAGAGACGCCAUGCUGAGUGGAGCGGGCUCUCCCUCCUCGCUCUCCUCCUGGUCCGCCCGUCUGGCUGUCACCCGUCAGAUCGCCUCCGGGCUCUCCCACCUGCACGCCCACGGCUUUCUGCACGGCAGCCUGCACCCCUCCAAUGUGCUCCUCAGUGCCUCCACGCACUUCCGAAACCCCCACCUGCCGGACCACCUUUCCGCGUACGAGCAGCGGUGGUGGCGCCACAUGCUUCGGCGGGAGGCUCGGGCCGAAGCUGCCGCCCAGAUCCGGGUGCAGCUGGCGGAUUACGGCCUGCCGUGGCAUGCUCGGGAUGGGCCAGGUUCGGCAGGGAAGAGGCUCGGAUGUAUCAUAUUUGGGAGUGCUAGGUAUGUGGAUCCUGCUUUUAUGGGGUCUGGUCGUUACAGCUCUGCUAGCGACGUCUACGCGCUCGGCGUUAUAAUGAAGGAGCUUAUAUGGAAAACAGGAGAGGCAGCAGGAGAAUCCAGCUGGCCAAUCAGAAGAAGCCUGGAUCGCCACAUGUCAGCACGAUCGGUCGUAAGGGCAGGCGAGGGAGGGAGGGAAGGAGAGCAGAGGGAGAGGGAAAUAGGCGAGGGAGGGAGGGAGAGGGGGCAUGGAGGGCUAAAGGAAAGGAGGGGCCUGGAGAGCCGCACAGAAGGCUCGCGGUCAGAAACUGCUGCUGGUGCAGGCGUCUUCCCCACUUCCUGGUCCGAACCAGGACCGGUUACCGUGGCUCGAAGAUCAGAGUCUGCUUCGGCGGCAGCAGCGUCAGGAAGAGCAACCGAAGCAGGUGCAGGCGCGGGAACAGGAGCAGGAGCAGCAGCAGGAACAAGACCAGGCCCAGCCGGUGCCUCAUUCUAUGCACCAACAGCCGCAGCGGCAGCCACGUUUGAGUCGAGUGCGAAAGCUUCUUCAGAGAUCUCCGUCCAUCAUCAUCAGCUCGCCGCCCGGUUUGGUCCGGUGAGGUACCACCAAGCCACGGCGCUGGUGCAGUGGUGCACUGAGCAUAACCCUGCCAGCAGGCCGGCUUGCAGUGAAGUGGAGCAGCUUGUAAAGGGGAUGGAGGGGAUGAGCGUGGUGGGUGAGUUGCAGCGCAGGGAGAUGAGCGGGAGGAGGAUGAGAGGGCGGCAGUGGGGCUUGCUGAGUCGAAUGCAGAGUCAAGAUCCUUGACUGUAACAAGUCUUGGGCAGAGUUCAUUACUGGAAUUGUAAGGAAAUUCUUUUUUCCUUACUGGGCUCGACUACAGCCCGUACGCCCUCGACUCUCGGAAGUCCAGGCUCGGCCAACUUCUUCGGUCCCGAACCAUUUUGCGAACCCAAACCUCGACGCGCAGGGCUUCCGUGGCUUUCGCCAACUGAAUCGCCCCAACCUGUUCGCGUGGUUCUCGGCUAGCUCUGUUCGUGCAUAUAAAUGCCUAGGCCCUCAUUUGUAUCGACACUCUUGAAUCACGACUCUUCUAUUACACUACUUGUUAUUACUCUGAUUAAUUCAUAAUAGC